AUGGCAAACUUCGGAAAGGUUGAUGAUGUAAAAUACUUUAAAAAUAUGUUUAAAGACAAAGAUAGGCCAGAAGCAGAAAUUAAAGACACAAUUAAAAUAUCCAAUAAAUUAUUCGUUGACCUGAGAAGACGAUUGAAAUUCCAUCCGAGGCAAAGUUACGUUCAGGAUGAUCCAGAACACUUCACUGCCACGAUCGGGGAGGACGUGAUCUUACGUUGUGCCUUCGAGUUCCCCGAAAACAAACCGGUGCCGUAUGUUAUCCAGUGGCAGAAGCAAGGCAUCAAAAUUCCCAUCUACAUCUGGUACGAUGGCUAUCCUCCACAUGCCGGAGAUGGCUACGAGGGUAGAGUGUCACUUGCCCACCAAGCCUCGCUCAACCUCACCAAUGUGCAUGAGAGUGACCAGGGCUGGUACGAGUGCAAAGUGUACUUCCUUAAUAGACCUCCAGAUUCCCCCAAGAAUGGCACCUGGGUGCAUCUUGAUGUACACGCUCCACCCCAUUUUAAAACGAAGCCCCCCGAUGUUGUGUACGUGAAAGUUGGAGAGUCGGUAUCAUUGCCUUGUGAAGCAGAAGGGACACCUCCACCAAAUCUUAUAUGGUAUAAGGAUAAUUCACCAUUAGAAGAAAGCAGGACAGUCCAAAUACUUCCUACUGAAUUGAAAAUUAAUAAUUUGCGGCAAACAGACAUUGGUGAUUAUAUGUGCAUGGCCCGGAACAGAGAGGGGACUGUGACAUCAACAUCAAAAGUCAUAGUUGCAGGUCCUGCUUCCAUUGUUGUUCCUCCUAGAAAUGUUACUAAACUCGAAGGGGAUAAAGCUGAAUUCAUAUGUGAAGCCAAAGCUCUCCCUACAAAUGUUACCCACCGUUGGUUUCACAACGGAGUAGAAAUUAGCCAGUUAUCUUGGUUGGAGACGAGGACAGUUGUAAGGCGUGAUGGUACUCUUUUUAUUAGUCCCACAUCAGCUGAAGAUUCAGGAAAAUUUACCUGUGAAGUCACAAAUGGCAUUGGCACACCAGAUACAGCAUCAGCAUUUUUAAGUGUAGAAUGGGCAACUUUUUCAACAUAUAGAAAAGGAGACACUAAUACCCCAGAUGACAAAGAUUCUUCAUACGUUGAGGAUACGUCUAUACAUGAAGAAGGGUCAGAAGCACCUGCUCCUCCAAGUCCUUGCACAGAAGUCAAAUAUGGUGCUGUUCCUUGCUAUCCUAGCUCUGAUGCUUCAGCAUCUGAGUAUGCCAAGUUUUGUCAACAGAUUUUAAGUGGCAUGAAUCAGCCAAUAACUAUUGUAGAAUCACAAACUACAGAAUUCAAUGGUGCUAUACAAAAUCCAGCUCGUAUUACUUAUUCACCAACCAUCCAGUAUCUUCCACUUGGAUUGUCAGGAGUGGUUCGUUGUUACGUACAAGCUAGUCCACCUUUCCAGUUCAUCACAUGGACAAAGGACAGAAGGCCUUUUGAUCCGAAUGCCACUCCUGGUGUAGUCACUCUCAACAAUGGGUCUCUUUUAUUUCAAAGGGUUAGUCAUGAGCAUCAAGGCAGGUACAGAUGUACACCUUACAACAUCCAUGGCACUGCCGGAACAUCCAAUGUUAUGGAAGUACUUGUAAGAGAACCGCCUAUGUAUACUCUGAAACCUAAAGAAAUAUACCAGAAACCAGUUGACAGUGAAAUUAAAUUACCAUGUGAGGGCAUCGGUCAACCUAAACCAGCUAUCACUUGGCGAAGAGUGGAUGGCUCUAAACUUCCGAGAGAAAGAGCUUUGAUACGGGGUGGCAAUUUAACUAUAAGAGGCCUAAAGAAGGAAGAUCAUGGCAGAUACGAGUGUGUCCUUGAAAAUGAAAUUGCCACCCUUGUGACAAGUACUCUCCUACUAGUUGAGCUAAACUCUUUAGUUGACAGGUAUAGGCUGGCAGAUCAAGGUGACAGUGACUGGCGGACCAUAAGGGUCUAUCCUGAUGGAGCGACCACUUUUACAGUUUAUAAUUUACAAGCUGACACCGAAUAUGACUUCCAAGUGCUAUCAAGAAACAAACUGGGCGAUGGAAUGUUUAGCCCAAUCAUCAGGGCAAAAACAAAAUCUAUUGACUAUGUUUCCAGUACUAUUGCUACUGAACUCCCUAGUGGUGGAUCUUCUUCAACUGUCUUAGGAGGGGAUAUAUCUCCUGGGAAUUCUGUUCCUGGGUCAACUCCUGCCCCUGAGCCAUCUACACCAGCUGGACCAAGCCCAGGAACUGUGAGGAAUGUUACUGUUACGAAAACAGUCCUGGGUGUUAGUAUUAAGUGGCAACCCCCUGCAGAUGGAGUUCCAAUAUCAUAUUAUGUCGUUGAGUACAAAAAUGAUGCACAGUGGCUAAACUGGGGCAAUAUAAAAGAAACUCACUAUGAUGCCAAAUUACUUCAGGGUGGAAAAUAUGCUUUUAGAGUUUUGGCAUAUUCAAAUGGUAGUGUUCCAUCCGCUCCUAGUCCAGAAGUUCUUUUGGAAAUACAUGGUGAUUUACAAGACAGAAAUCGCAGCAAAGCGAUCACGGCUGGUGUUGUGGGUGGUAUCCUGUUUUUUAUAGCUGCCAUUGUCCUAUCUGUGUGUGCUGGAUUUAAUUUUAUACAAGGUGUAUUCAAACAGUUUGGGGAAGAAUUGUUACAUAGUUAA